CGCGUGGAGGAGCCAGCCAAGUACGGUGUAGUGGUGUGUGAGGCUGACACUGGCCGCAUCUGCCGCUUUGUGGAGAAGCCACGCGUGUUCGUGUCCAACAAGAUCAAUGCUGGGCUCUACAUCUUUAACCCUGGCAUCCUGCAACGCAUCCAGCUGCGCCCAACCUCCAUUGAGAAGGAGAUCUUCCCGGCCAUGGCGCAGGAGGGGCAGCUCUACGCCAUGGAGCUGCAGGGCUUCUGGAUGGACAUUGGGCAGCCAAAGGACUUUCUUACGGGCAUGUGCAUGUACCUGCAGUCAUUGAGGGCUCAGCACCCCGAGAAGCUGCACUCAGGGCCUGGUGUUGUAGGGAAUGUACUGGUGGACCCCAGUGCCAAGAUUGGGGCAAACUGCGUCAUCGGCCCCAACGUGACGAUUGGGGCCGGUGUGGUGGUGGAGGACGGGGUGCGCAUCAAACGCUGCACUGUGCUGGAGGGAGCCUGCAUCCGCUCCCACUCCUGGCUGGAGUCCUGCAUCGUGGGCUGGAGCUGCUCUGUGGGGCAGUGGGUGCGCAUGGAGAAUGUGACCGUGCUGGGCGAGGAUGUCAUCGUCAAUGAUGAGCUCUACCUCAACGGGGCCAAUGUGCUGCCGCACAAGUCCAUUGCCGAGUCUGUGCCGGAGCCGCGCAUCAUCAUGUAGCAGCCCCUGGUGGGCCGUGGGCUCCCAGCUCUCCUUGGAUUAAAUAUUUAUAUUUCCAU